AUUAAAAAAAUAUUCAAAAAUGAGAAACACUGUUCGAGAGGGGCUUGAUUUGCCGAUUUGCCCAAGGUUGACAACCAUUUUUAAAGAGCCGUUGACACCACCGCCGAAACUUGCCGCACCAUCGCAGUGUUUCGUCAGUGAUUACUUACCAGCGAUACAAGAAUCCGAAAAAACUGUCAAGAAAGCCGGCAAUGUUCUUCUCCUCGCGAAGAAUCUCCAUAAAAGCAGGAUCGUGCUUUGGAUCCAUUUAAAAUCGUCUGUUAUUAACAAAGCUCAAUACGAGACCAACACGUUUGUUUGUUUGUUGACAGUCGCGAAUUUCGAGGUUAGAAAGCCGCUCUUCCCGUCAUCUCGCGGCUGAAGGGCGAAAAUCGCGUCGAGAUUCAAUAUGGUGUAUUUUAGCGCGUUUGUUUAAAAUCCGAUGCGCGCGUUAAAACAAGCUUAACAACAAAAUUAUUCGACUUCAACAAUGACGGCUAGAAAACUGCUAUCGUUAGUAUUCGUUCGGAAGCAGGCAGAAAUUCUGCUUGGACUGAAGAAACGGGGCUUCGGCGAAGGAAAGUGGAACGGUUUUGGCGGGAAAGUCGAAGCUAACGAAACUAUUCUACAAGGAGCAAUACGAGAACUUAAAGAAGAGUGCGGAUUGAGCACGUCUGAAUUGCGUAAAAUAGGAUUCCUAGAAUUCGAGUUUGAAAGUGAUCCUACCCUCUUGGAGGUUCACGUCUUUGAGACCUAUAAGUAUCAUGGCGAAGUCACCGAAUCCGAUGAAAUGCGUCCGCAAUGGUACGAUUUGAAGAAUAUCCCUUUCGAGAAAAUGUGGCCAGACGAUGCCUACUGGUUCCCAUACAUGUUCCGCGAGGAGCCGUUUAAAGGGUAUUUCUUGUACCGAGGCAUCGACCUCAUUCUUAAGCAUAAGCUCGAAAAGCUGGACUUGGAAAAGCUUAGCACCAUUUAACUUAACUAAAAUUAUAAAGGCUUUUUUCUAACGAUAAUAUAUUUUUAUGAAAAAAUGUUAAGAUUUGCAUGAAAAAGUUUAAAAAAAGUUUUUUAUUUUCACACAAUCGAGUCGACAAUUUCUAAGGCAACAUUCAUCGUUUGGUCAUCUACUAAAACUAUAUCGAAUGCUUCCAUAAAUUGAGACAAACUCUCCUUCGCCUGAAAAUAAAAGAUAGGAAUUAUUUUUCAUCGAUCAAAAUUAAAAAAUAAUAACAGCAUCAGUGCAACUUCUAUGUAUUGCGUAUCUGACAAUCAAAUAAAGAAAAUAAUAGCUUUUUUAUCAAAA